GUGGUGUUUGGAAACUAGAUCAUGUGCCUGGAUAGAAGUUUCUCCUUUCCCCGCAGCUCUGCACCCCCAGCAAUGUUCACCGCAUCCUUGUUUUGAGAACGUCACUAAGUUAGCCCAGCAUCAGUUUGCAGACCGGUGUUUGGAAGCCACUGGACCAGAUAAUUUCUGAGGUCCCUUUCAGCUCUAACAUUCUCCUUUGCCCGCAUCCAGCCAUGGGGGACAUGAAAACCCCAGAUUUUGAUGACCUUCUGGCUGCCUUUGACAUCCCAGACCCCACCAGUCUUGAUGCCAAGGAGGCCAUCCAAACACCCAGUGAGGAGAAUGAGAGUCCUCUCAAACCUUCAGGCAUGUGUAUGGAUGAGAGUGUGUCCUUGUCUCACUCAGGAUCAGCCCCAGAUGUGCCGGCCGUGAGUGUCAUUGUCAAGAACACCAGCCGCCAGGAGUCGUUUGAAGCGGAGAAAGACCACAUCACUCCCAGCCUCCUACACAAUGGAUUCCGGGGCCCAGACCUGCCUCCAGAUCCCCACAACCUGGGACACAACUGUGGGAAGUUCGAUUCCACUUUCAUGAAUGGAGAUAGUGCCAGGAGUUUCUCUGGCAAGCUGGAGCCGCCCAAGUCAGAGCCAUUACCAACCUUUAACCAGUUCAGUCCAAUCUCCAGCCCCGAACCUGAGGAUGCUAUCAAAGACAACGGGCUUGGGAUGAAGCCCAAGCACUCUGACAGUUAUUUCACAUCUCCCCCUGGAUGUGGGCCUGUGGGCGGCCCAGUCUUGGAAGCUCUGGGUAAGUUUCCAGUCCCAGAACUGCAUAUGUUUGAUCACUUUUGUAAGAAAGAACCGAAGCCAGAACCCUCACCCUUGGGGGGCCAGCAGGAGCAUGAGCGAAGCGGGCAGAAGGCAGAGGAGCCUCACAAGGAGCUGGAUGCCAGUCGGCUCUUUGGGGAAGCUUUGGAAUUCAACAGCCACCCCAGCAACAGUAUUGGGGAGCCCAAGGAACUUGCUCCAGAGCUUGGUAUCUGCUCAUCAGUCCCCCCUCGGCAGCGUCUUAAGCCAGCUCACUCCAAACUGUCCUCUUGUGUUGCCGCCCUGGUGGCCCUGCAGGCCAAAAGAGUGGCCAGUGUCACGAAGGAGGAUCAGUCUGGUCACACAAAGGACCCCUCAGGGCCCACAAAAGAGGGUUCUAAAGGCAGCCCCAAAAUGCCCAAGUCACCAAAGAGUCCCCGGAGCCCUCUGGAGGCCACUAGAAAAAGUAUCAAGCCAUCAGACAGCCCUCGCAGCAUCUGCAGUGACGGCAGCGGCAAAGGCUCCCCUUCUGUGGCUGCCAGCUCCCCACCAGCAAUUCCCAAAGUCAGGAUCAAAACCAUUAAGACGUCAUCAGGGGAAAUCAAACGGACCGUCACAAGGAUCCUGCCAGAUCCUGAUGAUCCAAGUAAGUCCCCUGUUGGGUCACCUCUAGGGAGUGCCAGUGCCGAGGCCGCAAGUGAGGUGCCAGGGGACGAGGGCACUGCCCUGCCUGCAGAGGAGCACUUUUCAGAGGUGGACACAAAUUCAGGGAGCCCCCAGGGUGACAGGAAAGAGGAUGAAAGCAUGACCAAGGCCAGUGAGUCUUCAUCUCCCUGCUGCAGCUCUGGGCCCCGGGCCCCAAAGGGGGCUGCGCCAGGCUCACAGAUGGGCAAGAAGCAGCAGCAGACCUCAGCACCGCAGGCCUCUAGCGUGGCCCCUGCCAACCUCCUGCCCAAAGCCGUCCACCUGGCCAACCUGAACCUGGUCCCCCACAGCGUUGCUGCAUCAGUGACGGCCAAGUCCUCAGCACAGAGGCGGAACCAGCCACAGCUCACGCAGAUGUCAGUGCCCCUCGUCCACCAGGUGAAGAAGGCUGCCCCGCUGGUUGUGGAGGUCUUCAACAAGGUCCUCCACAGUGCCAACCCUGUGCCCCUCUAUGCACCAAACCUCAGCCCACCUGCAGACAGCAGGAUCCACGUGCCGGCCAGUGGGUACUGCUGCCUGGAGUGUGGAGACGCAUUUGCCUUAGAGAAGAGCCUGAGCCAGCACUACGGCCGGCGGAGCGUCCACAUUGAGGUGCUGUGCACACUGUGCUCAAAGACGCUGCUCUUCUUCAACAAGUGCAGCCUGCUGCAGCAUGCCCGUGACCACAAGAGCAAGGGGCUCGUCAUGCAGUGCUCCCAGCUGCUUGUGAAGCCCAUCUCUGUGGAGCAGAUGUUUGUGUCAGCCCCCGUCAACUCCACGGCACCAGCAGCCCCGGCCCCCUCGGCCUCCCCCAAGCCUAGCCUCACUGCAGGCAGUGCCAGUCCUCCUCCUCCAGCCUUGCCGCUCUACCCAGACCCUGUGAGGCUCAUCCGGUACGGACUCGAGUGUUUCGAAUGUCACAAGCAGAUGCAGGACUACGUGGCCCUGGCUGCACAUUUCCAGAGGACGACAGAGGAAACCGAGGGGCUGACUUGCCAGGUGUGCCAGAUGCUGUUGCCCAACAAGUGCAGUUUCUGUGCCCACCAGCGGAUCCACGCACACAAGUCCCCUUACUGCUGUCCAGAGUGUGGGGCCCUCUGUCGCUCUGCCUAUUUCCAGACCCACGUAAAGGAGAAUUGCCUGCACUAUGCCCGCAAGGUGGGCUACAGGUGCAUCCACUGUGGUGUUGUCCACCUGACCUUGGCCUUGCUGAAAAGCCACAUCCAGGAGCGGCACUGCCAGGUUUUCCGCAAAUGUGCGUUCUGUCCCAUGGCCUUCAAGACUGCCAGCAGCACUGCGGACCACUGCGCCUCCCAGCAUCCCACCCAACCCCACAGACCCUCCCAGCUCAUCUAUAAGUGCUCCUGUGAGAUGGUCUUCAACAAGAAGAGGCAUAUCCAGCAACAUUUUUACCAGAAUGCCAGUAAGGCGCAGGUGGGCGUCUUCAAGUGCCCGGAGUGCCCACUCUUGUUCCCGCAGAAGCCGGAGCUGAUGGAACAUGUCAAGAGCACCCACGGUGUUCCCCGAAAUGUGGAUGAGCUGUCAAGCCUCCAGUCUUCAGUAGACAUGUCCUCCAGCCGCCCUGGCUCUCGAGUCCCCACUGAGCCUCCAGUCAUGACCGUGGCUACUCGUGGUAGUUCCCUGCCCUCCAGUCGCUGGGGCAGGUCUGAAGCCCACCGCAGGGCAGAAGCCAGGCCCCGGCUGAGAAACGCUGGCUGGACCUGCCAGGAGUGCCAGGAGUGGGUUCCUGAUCGGGAGAGCUACGUGUCCCACGUGAAAAAGAGCCAUGGCCGGACACUGAAGCGGUACCCAUGUCGGCAGUGCGAGCAGUCCUUCCACACCCCCAGUAGCCUGCGCAAACACAUCCGCAACAACCACGACACAGUCAAGAAGGUCUACACUUGCGGGUACUGUACAGAGGACAGCCCCAGCUUUCCUCGGCCUUCCCUUUUGGAGAGCCACAUCAGCCUUAUGCAUGGUAUCAGAAACCCUGAUUUGAGCCAGACGUCCAAAGUCAGACCUCCAGGUGGACCUUCCCCUCAGGUGAACCAUCUGAAAAGACCGGUCAGCGGAGCAUGGGAUGCUCCAGGCACCACCAAUGGCGCGACUGUCUCUUCCUCCAAAAGACACAAAUCCCUUUUUCAGUGUGCAAAAUGUAGCUUUGCAACAGACUCAGGGCUCGAGUUCAAGAGCCACAUACCUCAGCACCAGGCGGACAGCUCCACAGCCCAGUGUCUUCUCUGUGGCUUGUGCUACACCUCUGCCAGCUCCCUCAGCCGUCACCUCUUCAUCGUCCACAAGAUGAGGGAUCAGGAGGAGGAAGAGCAAGAGGAGGUGGCAGAGUCGGCAGAGCCAGAGGAGGGCUCUGGGGAGGAGGUGCCCAUGGAGACCAGGGAGAAUGGACUGGAAGAAUGUGCUGGUGGGCCUUUGUUGGCUGACCCAGAGGCUAGGAGAUCACUGGGCCCGGCUCUUGAUGAGGAUGGUGCCCAGGAUGCUCAGAGUCAACCACGGGCCUCUCAGGACCAGGACAGCCAUGCACCAUCCCCCUAGGUGUGAACGGAGGCUUUGCAGUCUGUGAGGUCGGGGUGGCACCCCGGUGUCUUCCGCCUGCCAUGUGACAGGGGGAAAUAAAAGGCUCUGCCCUGGUGUGAGUGUGCCCGGCUGUGCCCUGGAGCAGUAUCUGCCCUGAGCUGUGGGAUGCUGAGUGUCCUCCAGCUCUGGGAAAUGGGGGUCGUCCAGGGCCUAACAGCUCUGAAUUUGCUUCUGUUAUUUAUGGCUUUGUGCUGCUUCUUGGUACCCCAACUCUUUGUCUGUGUCCUCCCAACCCCAGGCUGCUCACGUGGCCCGACCCCAAUGCUGUCAACUUGGCUUGAAACCCCUCAGGUGCUGUACUCUUCUGGGAGGUUCCCUGCUUGCUGCCCUUAGCCAGGGGGCUCCUUGGAGCUCCCUGUGCCUGCAAACACCGGCUCUCCUUCCUGCCAUCCGAGCCCAAGAAGGGGAGUGAGGGGUGCUGACACAAGUCGCUCUUGGAGAGCUCUGCCCAGCCUGGCCUGCAAGGGCCCUUGGUCACUUUGUCCUUCCUUCCCAUCUUCUCUGAUUCUUUUCUCCCAAAAUUGUCCUGGAGAAUGAAUUAUCACACUGGCUCACCAUGUCUCUGUGGGUGGGUGAAACUUGGCAGCACACCUCUUUGGAACCCGGGCAAAGCAGGAGGUGUAGCAAAGGCAGGUGGGCACCGCAAGUCAGACCCCCUCCAGCCCUUCAGAAGGAGCUGGGGGUCCUUGUUCUGCUGCUGUUCUGCCUUCCCUGACAAGUGGGGUUUGGGGCACACAGACAUUGGAAUAUUUGUACUCUUGCUCCUGUGCCAUUAGAGAGGCUGCUGCCCCAGGCAGGCCAGCCCCUCCUCCUCUCGGCUACAGUCGUGUUGCUCAGACUAUAUUUCAAAUAAAAAAAUCUUCUUACCAUG